CGUAAUUCACCUCUAAGGUUGAUAUUUUAGGGAGUUCAUUGUUAUCAAUAAUAAAAUCCUUUCUCUUCUAGUCAAGACAUCUGCUUUGUUCUGUGCUGUAUUCUUCCAGAAACUGAAAUAUUCCCACUGUGAUAUUAUACUGAAAUUCUUCCUUGCUAAUUGCAUAUGGAAGUACAGGAUAAGGUUUUAUUGCUGCUUAUAAUACUUUCAUUUCUACACUUUUGUGAUCAAGGGAAAAAAAAUCUUAAAUGUGAUUUUAGGUGUUAGUAGUGAAAAUUUGAGAAUUAUAUUUAACUACAAAAAAAAAAAAAAGAAAAAAUCCCCAAAUAUCCCAAAACAAAAAAAACCCCUCUAACAUUUGAAGAAAGUAGGAGAAACCACAACCACUACCUUCUUUCAAUCUCUUCCUUAUAGAAAAGAGAUGAAGUCUAAACUGUGUUCAUUCCUGGAUUUUAACUGUGUUAACUCGCAAUGUUUUGCUCUUGCAUAGUCAUGUUUAGAUUCUCUAGUACUAUGCAGCCUGCCUGUCUACCGCUUAGAUUUAAUUUAAAAAAGAAAAAGUCAAUUUCUUUAAUUCUCUUUAAGUUCCAGAUUAUAUAAGAAACAGGUUACUUUUCCUAGGUCAACAGACCUAUAACAAAUACCAUGAAACCAUGUGCUUGGAGAGCUUCCUAACCUUUAAAUAUGGUGGAAAUUUCCUUAGUUGCAGUCUUCAGCUCAGAAACAGUUGUGUUCUCAUGUUUUUGCAGCAUACUUGUCCUUUUAACAUGAAGAUGAGUAAUAAAAACCAUGCACAUUCAAAAUUGACUCCUUGCUAAUUUUUUUUAAAUCAUAUGUCAAAUAUUUAAUCCUAAAGAUUUAAUUUUUGGAUUUGGAAAAUAACUUUAUUAGUAACUGUGAAGACUGCAGAGUACAUUAGCUUUUCUCGUCACUUUUGGAAUAUAAAAUAUUUGAUGUAAAUGUUGAAUAAAUCUCGAUAUUUGUCCAUUAAAUAGUUCCCCUCCUUCCUUCCCUCACACAUGUAGACAAAUCUUUGCCAGUCUUAGUACUCAUCUGUAGUAUUUCCACCACUGUUAAAAAUCUUUUUACUCUGUGUUUGUACAGACAUAAUUAUUUUUUGUAAUUUCACAUUCAUCAACAUUCCUAUUACAAUGUGCUCCCAUUAGUUCUUAGUACCCAAAAUUGAUUCUGUUUCAUUUAAUAUUGGGAGUUUUCAAAUUGUUUUUUGUUAUAGCACACCAAUGAUUUUAUUUACUAAGAAUCCUGUUUGGUUAUGUACUUGUGUAUAUAAUGUAUAUGAUUUCAUAUUAUCUGUUCUUUUAAUCUUGUCAACUGAUAUAUUACUGACUGAAUUCUAAAAUGUCAAUUUUAAAUAGUAUCUUUUAAAUAGUAUCUAAAGUCUCAGUUAAAAAAAAAAAAGACUGUUUGUCCCUGAAAGGGUUGAAAAGCAACACUAAAAUAUUUUUGGAGUAAUAUACUAUUGUACUCAGCCUCAUUCCUGUCUCUGCAUUGCCUGCCUGUUGCCUUUUACUUUCAAAGCUGGUGGUACAGGUAAACACUUCAAAGAUUGAGGAAGAGGAUGCACUUGAGCUCCCCUCAAAGCACUUUAGAGAGGAAGUACAGCUGACUCAUCAGUGAAAUUGUCUAUACAGCAAAUGCUGGUGGGAGCCGUAACACUUAGUGUAAGGACUCUGUUGUAGGCUGGAUGAAGAUGACGACUGCAAUAAACAGGACAACUGAAGAGAAACCUGAUUGCUCCAAGGCCCGCUGUGAGGUCCAGUUUUCUCCUCGCUGUCCAGAAGAUUCCAUCCUGAUUGAAGGUUAUGCUCCUCCUGGUGAAUGCUGUCCACUCCCAAGCCGUUGUGUGUGUAAUCCUGCAGGCUGCUUGAGGAAGGUUUGCCAACCCGGCUACUUGAAUAUAUUGGUUUCUAAGGCAUCAGGAAAGCCAGGGGAAUGCUGUGACCUCUAUGAAUGCAAACCAGUGUUCAGUGUGGAUUGCAGCACAGUUGAAUGUCCUCCUGUUCAACAAGUUGUUUGCCCCCUGGAUAGCUAUGAAACCCAAGUCAGGCUGACGGCUGAUGGCUGCUGCACCCUGCCCACAAGAUGCGAGUGUCUCACUGGUUUAUGUGGUUUCCCCAUGUGUGAGGCAGGCUCCGUUCCCCAGAUAGUCUCACGUGGAGAUGGAACACCUGGCAAGUGCUGUGAUGUCUUUGAAUGUGUCAAUGAAGUGAAGCCAACUUGCAUAUUUAACAGCAUGGAAUAUUAUGAUGGAGACAUGUUUCGGAUGGAUGCUUGUCGAUUUUGUCGAUGCCAAGGCGGAGUCUCUAUUUGCUUCUCUGCCCAGUGUGGUGAGCUACACUGCGACAGGUACUAUGUGCCGGAAGGGGAGUGCUGCCCAGUGUGUGAAGACCCACUUUAUCCAGUAAAUAACCCUGCUGGCUGCUAUGCCAAUGGUCAGAUCCAAGCUCACGGAGACCGCUGGCGAGAGGACGACUGUACCUUCUGCCAGUGCAUCAAUGGAGAUCCACACUGUGUUGCCACGGCCUGCGGACAGAGCUGCCUAAAUCCUGUUAAAGUCCCCGGGGAGUGCUGCCCGGUGUGUGAAGAACCAACUUAUAUCACAAUAGGUCCACCCACCUGUGAGGCUUUGGUGAACUGCACUUUGACUGAAAAAGACUGUAUCUAUAGCUUCAAGCUGGACCAAAAUGGUUGUCGCAUUUGUCAGUGCAAAACCAGGGAGGAGCUGUGCACCGGCCUCAUUUCGGGCUGUUCCUUGGACUGUUCCUUCGGCUUCCAGACUGACAUCCACAACUGUGAGAUCUGUCAGUGCCGACCACGGCCUAAGAAGUGCAAACCCAUUGUAUGUGACAAGUACUGUCCCUUUGGAUACUUGAAGAACAAGCAUGGCUGUGAAAUCUGUCGAUGUAAGAAAUGCCCGGACCUGCCUUGUGGUAAAAUCUGUCCGAUGGGCUUCCAGCAGAACAGUCACGGCUGUGUUAUCUGCAAGUGUAGAGAGGCAACGGCUUCUCUCAUGCCUCCUGUUAAAACAGGAUCUUGCCUGUCGAUGGAUGGACGCCGACAUGAGAAUGAGGAGAGCUGGCACGAUGGCUGCAGGGAAUGUUACUGUCACAAUGGACGGGAAAUGUGUGCCUUGAUCACCUGUCCCGUUCCUAAUUGUGGCAACCCCACCAUACAUCCAGGGCAGUGUUGUCCAUCGUGUCCAGAUGAAAUAAUCGUGCAAAAGCCAGAGCUCACCAGUCCAUCGAUCUGUCAUGCUCCUGGUGGAGAAUACUUUGUAGAAGGAGAGACAUGGAACAUUGAUUCUUGCACACAAUGUACAUGCCACAGUGGACGUGUCCUGUGUGAGACUGAAGUCUGUCCACCUCUUCUUUGUCAAAACCCCACCCGCACACAGGACUCCUGCUGUCCCCAGUGCCCAGAUGAGCCUCUUCAGCCCUCCUCAUCAAGCAACGAGAGCAUGCCCAGUUACUGCAAAAAUGAUGAAGGAGAUAUUUUUCUGACAGCUGAGUCCUGGAAGCCCAAUGUCUGCACUAGCUGCAUUUGCAUGGAUGGUGUGAUUAGAUGCUACUCUGAGUCUUGCCCACCGGUAUCCUGUGAGAGACCUGUUUUGAGAAAGGGACAAUGUUGUCCUUACUGUAUUGAAGAUGCAGUUCCAAAGAAAGUUGUCUGCCACUUCAGUGGAAAAACAUACGCAGAUGAGGAACGCUGGGACAUUGACAGCUGCACACACUGCUACUGCCUGCAGGGUCAGACUCUCUGCUCCACUGUCAGCUGCCCACCUCUCCCAUGCGCUGAACCCAUCAAUGUGGAGGGAAGCUGCUGUCCCAUGUGUCCAGAGAUGUAUGUACCUGAACCCACUAACAUUCCCAUUGAGAAGACAAAUCAUCGAGGAGAUGUUGAACUAGAAGUACCAAACUGGCCAACACCGAGUGAAAAUGACAUAAUCCACAUUCACAGAGAUAUGAACCAUCUCCAGGGAGAGUACCGGAGUGGCAGUGGGCCACACCCCAGUGAGGAUGCCUCGGUUGGCUCUGUUGCCUUGGUGACAAUUCCAAUCAUGAUAGCACUGUUACUGAUCAUCGUUCUCCUGCUCAUCAAUCAGAAGAAGCAGUGGAUUCCUGUGUCCUGCUACAAAGCUCCAACAAAGCCCUCUUGCCUAAACAAUCAACUGGUGUAUGUGGACUGCAAGAAAGGUACCAUGGUCCAGGUGGACAGUUCUCAGAGGAUGCUAAGAAUUGCAGACCCAGAUUCAAGAUACAGUGGAUUUUACAGCAUGCAGAAACAGAACAACCUACAGGCAGAUAAUUUCUAUCAAACAGUUUGAAGAAUUGCACCCUUACCAAGGAUUAAGAAAGAGAGAAGAGAGAGAGAGAAAGAGAGAGACAGUCUGCUAUUAAAAUAAAACUAGAAUUGUGCACUUGCUUAGUGGAUUGUAUUGGAUUUGUGACUACAUGUACAGCUCUAAGACCUUACUGGGAUGAGCUCUGACUCCUGCAAUGUGCCAGAAAAAGCAUUCCCACUUUUCCUUGAGAUAACUGACCAAGUGUUUUCUUAGAACCAAAGUUUUAAAACUUGUUAAGAUGUAUUUGCUUGUAACAUAGCUAUAGAGGUUUUUUGGGAGGGGGAAUCAGGGGCUAGGGAUAGGCAAUGAGUUAAAAGGAAGCUUCAUAGAAGAAAAGCUGGUCAUGCUUGGCUAGAGAAGAAAACAAACUGCCGAGCAGCAGGAUAGUGGUUUUCCUUGUUGCUCUGAAAUUGCAUCUGUUGCACCCAAAGCCUAACCCCAGAUGAAAAAAAUAUGAAAAGGUCUGAUUUUUUUUUUCAGCUGUUGCUACAGUAAUAUACUCCUAGAACAGAAUUUGUCACAUCACAGGUGUGGUGUAGCUGCAAAUAUUUUUCUAUAUGAUGAGAAGCUGCAGUAGUUAAUGAAAUAGCAAGGAAAAGAUUAUAGCAGAAAAUAAAGGGUGGGUUUAUUAAGGAUGUAUAAAAUUAUACCUUGUGCUGCUUUUUGUUUUUAUUUUUGUUUUCUUCAAAGCUGAUUGGCUAGAUUAGCCAGACUUCAGCAGAGUUAGCAAAUGACUGAGGCCUAAGUAAUUCCUGAUGUGAGCACUGGAUCUUUUGACAGCAGUAUUGAAGGAAGGAAGGAAAAGUCAAGAACACCAUGCAGUUCCAGGGGCUUUUGUUUGUUUGUUUUGUCUGUUGUGGUUUUGUUUUGUUAUUUUAUAUCAAUCUCUGGUUGUUCAUACAGGAGAAGGAAAAAUAUUUUUGUUGGACAAAGCUCUUGCUUACAAGAGAGUAAAAAAGAGACUGUUUUAAGGUUGUUGUUUUUUUUCCUGUUGAUGUUCUUAUUUACUGGUAUGCAGAUUUAGAAACUACUUCCAUGCUAGGAAGCUGCUUAAUUUUAAUUGUAUAUUACUCAAGCACCUUUUUUGAAGCUCAGAAAAAAAGGAGAUCAUGCUUCUUUAAACUUUAGCAUUAUAGGAAUAUUUAUGUAAAUAUAAUUAUGCUAAAACCAACAAAAAGUAUUUGUAUGUUUGUGUAUAUAUAUGUAUAUACACAUGCAUGUAGGUAUACAUAUGUAUAUAUACGUGCAUGUGUAUAUAUACUAUACAUAUAUAUACUGUAUAUAUAAAAUACUAUGUAUACAGUAUAUAUUUUUUCUAUUUUUUUUUUCUUGUUGAAUGUAUUUUUAUCUGAGAGAGAUUUUACCCAGAGCAGAAACAAAUAACAGGCAUUUCUUAUCAAUCCUUAAUCGCUUGUGAGUUUAGGAAAGACAAGAAAAGAGCAUCUCAUUCUACCUACAGUUUGAUUUGUUUUGAUUUGAUUUGAAAGUGUUUGUGUGUGUGUGUGUGUGUGUGUGUGUGUGUGUGUGUGUGCACUCUUGUGUUGGCGUGUGUACAGUACGUGCACGGUUAUAGCAGUAAGCGUUGCUCUUGCUACUUGCUACAUUUCAGGGUGUUUCUUAUUUUUCUUUUCCUGCUUAGCCUUAAAAAGGCUUUUUAAUGAAUGCAUUGGCUAGAGACACUGAUGACAAUAUACAUGCAGCACUAAUCAACUCCAUAAAGUAACACCAUGAGCUCCUGGAUUUUGGGGUUUUUUUCUUUUUUUUUUUUUUUCAAACAAUUGUUUGAAACAACUACUGGAAUAUUGUCCACAUUAAGCUGGAAGUUUGUUGUAGCUUGCCUCAUUUAUAACUCUGACUGUAUAAUACAAUGUUACUUUCCAAACAGGUCUUGGCACUUUUAUACUAAUUACCCAUUUGUGCAUUGCCUUUUUUCUUUUACAAAUGCUUCUCAUAAGAGACACAGAUACCCAGUAUGCUUAAUGUGAAAAGAAAAUGUAUUUUUUGUAAAGGAACUCUCAAGUAUUGUUCUAAAUACUUGGUCAGAGGUUGCUGAACUUUAAAACUGAAAAAAAAAAACCUAAUUUAUUAUUAUAAUGACCUAAUUUAUUAAUCUGAAGAUUAACCAUUUUUUUUUUGUUUUAGAAUAUCAAAAAGGUGUUCUAGCUGUUUGCAUCAAAGAAAAAAAUAGGUGUAUCAUUAAGGGUCAACAUUUUUUCUGCUUAUAUAACUUCAGUUUCCAACCACCAGUAAGAAAAAAUGUGGUCUCCCCAGUGUUUUGUACUCAAUCUGAUGUUGAAACAGAGAUGUUUCUGUCCAGUUACUGCAGAGAUUUUGUCAAGACAAAACAUCCAUUCCUUGCAUAAGAGUAAGCAGUCUUUAUCCAGAAAUUGUAAAUGCUUGCUUUUGUUUUACAAUCAAGGCCAUAUUCUGAAAAUAUUAGCAGGAUAUAGGACAUGGUGUAAAAUGGUUUUUUUUAUUAUUAUUAUUUUAUUAUUAUUAUUUUAAAGAUAUGAUUUAUCCUAUGUGCUGUAUCCAUUACACUCUUUUACUUUGGUUCCUGUUGUGCUCUUGUAAGAGAAAUGCAGAUAUAAUUUUCUGAAAAAUAGAUGCAUAUGUGGCACUCGGAGUGCACUGCGGUUCAGCAGAUUGCUUGUUUACUUUUUUAACUGUAAGGCGGUUUCUUGUAAUUUGGCUCUUGGCAGCACAAUAAAAAGUUUUAAACCUA